UUUGAAGUAACAUACGGUGUGCCUUUUAGGUCCUUUUUAUUGUUUAAUUUACAAAGUAUAUGUGCUUUCUCUUGGCGGCCUCGUUAAAUUUCCCCAGCUACGUUGACGCCAUGCAGUUGUACAUCUGUCUCUCCUGAUGAAGCCUGUCUGAUGGAUGGGAGAGAAUUCUCUCCAACUUAACCAGGAUAAGACUGAAGUUGUAAUCAUCUGUCCUGAGUUCCAGAGAGAGACUUGACUCAAAAUACAAACACUGUCUCUACAUCCAGAUUAAGUAACCCUGUUAUUGAGAGUCGGCAUCCAUCACCCUUCGAAGAAAACACCCGCCUGAACUAUUUCAAAGAUGCUUUUUAUCAUCUCGACAAACAUGAAGGAUGCCACGCAGAGGUCAUCGGUCACUGUCCAAACACUCUCUCUUUGCUUUAACUUUCUCUUCAGUGUAAAUGUACUUGAAGUGCCUAAUUGGUCACUUUGCAUGUAUGUGCUUACAACGCCCGUGUGGAUUCUGGGGGUGAUGUGUGGGGGGCUGGAGGAGGAGCACUUGAGGCCAGAGUGUAUAUGAGACCCUCACAUCAAGCUUUGUUGCACACUCCUCAUCUUCAGCCCAUUCUCCUCUUUUGGGGUGAAAAUAAAAAAAUCAAAGUACCUUCAGGCCUUUUCCCCCUCCAGGUCCAGCAUGGGUGGAUGCUUGGUGUUUCAGAGUGUGCUGAUCCUGUGGCUGGUGCGGAGUGCGCAUACUGGGGGUUAUGGUGCAGGAUUGUCUGCACUACCCAAUGGCCAUGAAACACACUUCAACGGAAGAAGAGUGCACAAUGGUGGAGGCGCUGCAAGAACGCUGAGGCCUACGAAAGGUGUAGGUUCACCAAUGGGCGCCCAGAAUGGAUAUGCUGGAUACCGUAACAGUAAAGGAGCCGGCUAUGGCGGAGCUGCUGGGAUGGCCGCUGACGUGGGAACCAAAGGCUACAUUGCAGGGAGAUUUCAAGGAAUGUGGCCACAAGGCUAUGGUCGCCAUUCUGGGCCCACCAGCAAACAUCCAAUGAAAGGCAAUGGCUACAGAGCUCAUGUCGGCGCAUUUGCUGGACGAGGAAAUAAAGGUUAUGGAGGUCCUGCUGCUGGUCCCCAAACUGGAAUCAAAGGCCAGAUGAAGGGUUAUGGUCGUGCAACUGGAGCUCUUGCUGGAAAUGGAGUCGAGCCAAAUGGUCAUGCGUACAGCGGACUUGCCAAUCAAGGUUAUGGAUAUGGAGCAAAAGCUGGUCUACCAAAUGGAGCUGGAAACAAUGGCCUGGGGAGUGCUGGACGUAAACCCGUAAAAGGAUACGGCCAGCCAUACUAUGGAGCAGGUGCUGGUCUGGGGGUGCCGCAGCUUGCCAGGAACCAGGGCAAGGGUGCGCCAUAUAAUGGUUAUGGUACACAACCAAUGGGUGGCUACACCGGUGGUCAUGGUAGUGCUGGAAUGAGCCUGGGACCUCGAUAUGGAAGUGGAGGAAUCAAAGGACCCAAAUCAGGUUAUGGAUACCCCAAUAGUGGCACAAACUAUCCUGUAAAACCAGAAUAUGGCAAUAUUCCACAUGGGAAUGGUGGUGUGAAGACCAACGGAUACGGAGUGAACAGAGGAGGUUAUGCGGCUGGACUUGUGCCGAGUGGAGCCAAACCUAAUGGAUAUGGAAACGCAGGCACAAAAGGAUAUGGAACCAAACCCAAUGGCCCUGGAAAUGGUGCAGCACUCGGAGGAGCGGGAAAUAAACUCAAUGGAUAUGGAGGAGGAGGACCUGGCUCGCCACCUCAGGCCUCUAAAGGCGUUGGACCUACGUCACCUCUGCAGGGCUUUGGUGGUGCUGUUGCCCUACCAAAUCAUGCAGCUAAAGCACCAAACUCUGGUUUUGGCCACACGCCGUAUGGAAAAGGUCCAAAAAUGCCAGGUGCCCCUAACGGCAAAGGGCUUAAAGGUGGUGUUCUGUCACCUCGACAACCAAGCUCUACACUCCAAGAGGGCGCCUCACCUCAGCGACCAAUCAUCGAAGGUGGCACGCUACCGGCACCUGAGCCCACCAGCGGGCGGCUCGUUCUGGUCACCAAAGACCAAUACCAGAAACUGCCCUUGCCUGUACCCCAAGGGAAAAACUUCAUGCAGCCGCAGGCUACGCCGGCAUAUGUACCCAAAGAGCCCAAGCUUGGUCCUGAAUCCUCUCCUGGGUCGGCACUCAUGAGACCACUGGACAAAAGUCUGACGCCCCGCUCUUAUGAAGCAGGGCCGCACAAUAACCCUGCAGGUGGUAGACCUGUCGCCCCUCCCCAAGAGAAUGGAGCAGGGGCUUCAAUAUCCAAGGGACACAGACCUCAAGCAGGCAAACCUGAUAAAUGCACUUUUCUUGUAGACUGUGGCCCAGGGAGUCCAAAUGGACAGUGGAUGAAAAUACCUAGACCAGGAGCUGGCGUGUCGGCGGGCAGCAACACCAAAGGUUACGGAGCAGCUGGUCCAAACAGAUUGGGCGCCAAUUCCGGUUCUGGACCUGCAGGCUAUGCUGGACCUAAUACUGGAUAUGGAGUCGGCCUCGGAUAUCCAAACGCAGGCAAACCACAACAGUCAAUUUACAGGCCAGGAGCCAACCUUGGAGGAGCUGCCUAUGUCAAGGGAAGCGCUUACCCAGGCUAUCCAAAUGGCGAUGUUGCUGGUGUCCAGCCAAACUAUGCGAAUCUUGGCCACGGUGUUCCGACAAUUGGUGCAAAAUCAGGUGGUGCUGUGCAGGUGCCUUACAAUGGCGCUCCAGCCGGAGUUGAUGAUGCAAAUCAGCCUGAGCCACAGCCAGCCGGCCUCGGUCCAAAUGGAAAACAACCCCCGGUGUACGCUGGAAUGGAGGGUUUACCUUACGGGGGUCAGCUGGGCAUGGGUCCUGAGAAAGCAAAUGCCAAGUAUGGCAUUGGCGGCUUGCAGUUUGGUGGCGGCCUUCAGCCAGCCAAUAAUGGUGGAGAUACGGCCGAGAUGGGUGGUGUUGCACCUGGACAAUAUGGGUAUGGCGGCAUCACCGAUAUUGGCCACCUUCUACGUCUCGGCAGUAAUGGACCCCUUGCUGGCAAAUAUGGUUAUGGAAGAAUGCCCCACGAAGUGCAACCUGUUGGGUUUGUCCCUCAGAUGAGGUCUCCUGGUGCCACACAAUAUGGUCAUGGGGCUUUACCUUAUCACUCAGGUCUUCUUGGAUAUGGACCAAAUAUGAACUAUGGUGGUGUUGACGGUUCCUAUGGGUCACAAGGCCUCGGAGGUGAAGGGAAGCCUGCCGGGAAACAUGUGGAUAAUCUGCCACUUCACCAGAGCCAGCCUCUGGAAGCUCCUUCUGACAGCCGAUCAGGUUCACCUUAUGAACCCCAGCCAGCGGGAGGCGAUCCAAAUCUGUCACGAGCGGGCGAUGGCAUCGCGAAUAAUAAAUAUGAAAAUGUGGGUUACAUAAGUGGAAGCAAACUGCAGCCAGAAGUCAUUUCACUCCCUGCGGCACCCACUCCCUCGCCGCCUGACUCAGUCUUCACACCAGCGCAAACAGACGACCUCUCCUCAGACCUCACGGGCACUGGUAACCUCGCCUUCAAUUCGGAGGCGGACAGGCAGGCCACCGCCCAAGGGUCAGAACAGCCCGACGACCCAGCGCCGAUGCCGCGGCAGCUUAACAUCCAGCAGCACCUCAAACUGCAAUUUCACCCUCAAGGAUCAAAGAAUGCAAAAUAUGACUUGAAUGGCUUCUUUGGAAAUGGUGGCUACCAAGGUAAGAGUUGACUUCUAAAUAUAAAAACGUAAAAAGAUUAAUCUGUCUUCUUCCACACAGGUUAACACUGCUGUCAUCACUUUAUUCCUCUGUGUCAUUGUAUGAUAGUUGUCAUCACUUCCUGAUUGUAUAAUAGUUUUAUUUACUCCUUUUUAUUUAACUUUUUUUUUUUAGAUGAAUUGAGUUGCCAUGUUAUCUGUAUUAUUUUUAUAAAAAUAUACCUCUGAGCAACAGCUUUAUAGUCUGCACUUACGUGUUCACUGUACAGGCAAACAAAUAGUUUGACGACUGGGGAGUUUUGUCCUCGGCUUGUUAGUGUAUUUGAAUCAGUCGGCCAUGCCUCACAUAGAUCCAUUUCUAUAUACCCCCAAAAAAAUGCUUUCUAAUGUUGCUUGGAAAGAAAAA